AUGAGUCGCGUUAGUCAGGCCCAAAUGAAGAAAUUAUUAGAUUUACUAUGUGAAGAUGGCAUAUUAAUUAACGGCAAAGUAGCGUAUACUAACACGAACAAGCAAACCUUUUGGAAACGCGUAGCAUUGCAGCUGAACGCAGUUGAAGGUGGAGUAUACAAAAACACUUGGAAAUGGUGUAAAAUGUGGGCUGAUUGGAAGAACAAAACAAAAAAGAAAGCGAACAUAAUACUAAGGAGAAAGAAUUACAGUUUAGAGCACCCCUCACCAACAUUAUCUGCUUUGGAGAGAAGGCUACUUUCCCUUAUAAAUUACCCUUUGGAUGAUAAAACAGAUGCUAUAAGAUUGGAAAUGGUAGCCAAGAUGGAGCCCACUGAGAAGCCAGAUAACUUCAACAUGGAAUUUUUAAAUGAAGAUUAUAAUGAUUUACAUACCCAGGAAAAGUCUUCAUCAGAUGAUGAGGACAAAGGUUCCAACUGUUUUGAUAAGAAUGAAAGUAAAUUUUGUGAUGUUAAUGCUAUUGUACAAGAAGAUACCUUUGAAGGACUAGGAGAAGCGUCAGAUCUGGAUCAUAAAGUUAAAUUAAAAAGAAAGUCAUUCAAGAAAAAAAAGCUUUCCUUAGAAGAAUAUAAAGUUAAGACAACAUUAAACUUAGAAAAGGAUAGAGUGCAACAAAAAAAUGAAGAACUAAGACUGAGAGCACUAGAAUUAAAGUUGAAAGGAGAAGAGCUGAGACUGAAAGAGAUAGAGAUGAAUAAAAUUAACUAUUUAACUAAUAUUGAGGAGGAGAAACUUAAAUGUUUUAGAGAUAUAUCUUCAUCCUUGAAAGAGCUAUUGGAGCGAAGUAGAAGUGGCAACUUAAGAUUUCAUAAUGCUCUUUAA